GUUCAUUAAUAUUGUGCAAGCAAUUGGCGCUGUAGCCUGCAUAGCCUUGUGGCUUGCAGAAUGGAGCCUGCCGGUGUAGAUCUGUUUGAGAGGCUGCCUGACGAGCUGGUCAGGAACGUCCUGGACAGAGUUUUGUGGAGCCCUCUCGACUUUGACUCAGUGCGGAAGAAGCGGCACUUGGGAGUGGUGUGCAGGAGAUUCAAACGCUUGCUUCCUUCUUUGGAGGGAGUGGACUUAGAAAUUAACAAUCCUAUAGAUGAGCAGGGGUUUAGACAAGCCUUAAGCAGAAGGGAGGAUGCCGUUGCUUUGAGAAAGUUGGCUCUUCACAUACAUUCUCCUACAAGUCUGCGGGCCAUUCUCCAAGCACUCCUUCCUGCUCCUCUCAAUAGCUUAGAGGAGGUCCAUCUGUAUCUGGACGAUGCAGACCCGGCAGACCAGGUAGACUGGCACAGCGUCCUGUCAAUUCUCCAGCGAUGCCAAAGGCUGACAGUCUUGCACAUCAGAUUGUGGGAAGCUGCCCAACCAGAGGACCCACCCGUUGACUUCUACUUUGCGAAACCCCUGGAGUCCUUCCCUGUGCUCCAGUCCUUAACCCUCUUUGGAUUUACCGUUCCACCAGAUUACCUCAAGACCUUCUCGGAGGUGUUUCCAGCUCUUGAAAACCUGGAGCUUCACUAUUACGACGAGCCUUUCGCGUACAAGGAUCUCCAUUUGAGCUCCCUCAAAAAGGCCUACUGGUGGGGGACUAUGCAAGAGGGGCUCGACGUUCUGUCCCCCGAAACGGUCACUGUUCCAAGGAGCCUGCGUAUGCUGCUGGGCUAUCUGCGCAGCGCGGACGCUGAGACGUCCAGCACCAGACUGGAGUGGAUCUUGUGCACGCUUGGGAGGAUGACCGAGAUCGACGGCGCCGCGCGGAAAGCGAUCGUGCUAGUGCCACACGGUUUGCGGACGCUGGUAGAGCUCACCACGUGCGGAGGUAGCAGCAUACCGAUUAUAAGGAGACGGAUGACCGCGCUGAGGCUGUUGAGCAACCUGGCUGGUUUGCCUGCGAACCGGAGGGCUAUUGCGGACGUGCCGGGGUGCCUGGCGCAGCUUAGGGUGUCCUCGGACCAUUGGGCGGAAGGCCCCGUUGCUCUCUUACUGCUUGAGAAGCUGACGUUGGAGUUAGAAGUUGCAAGCGUUGUUGGCAGAACACCUGGGAUGCUGGGAUAUCUGUUGUCCGCUUUUGAUACAAUGGACGGCUUGGAUCAUUUGGAGUUCAUCCUGCUGCAUCUGACUGACGUGGCGCAAGUUAGACAAGCUUUGGCCAGGUCUCGGGUGAAUCUUAAGAAGCUGGCAGCUUUCCUCAACACUCGGAAGCGCGUCAACCAGCAGAUACUGGCUGCCGCUCUGCAGCUGUUCCAGCGUCUUGUGGAGACGGAGCCUCGGGCAAUGGUUGCCCUGCCAAGGUUUCUGGAGGGAUUAGUUGGGCAAGUCAGAAGUGCGCUCUCCAGAGGCGCCGCGGGGGAAACUCUGAGUGUGUUGGCGGCUUUGGUGGCCGAUGCUGAGGCGUGCAAGGCUCUAGGCGGUAUCGAUGGGAGUCUCCCGGUACUCGUCAGCGUUUUGAGUAGCGGCGAGAGCUGGGACCAACUGAUGGCGGUGACCGUUCUGCUUCAGUUGGUCAAGUUGGGCGGCGAAGCGGAGGCGAUCGCUCGCUUGCCUGGCUGCAUUACGGGGCUCGUGGGGCUAUUGGACUUCCCCGCCUACUGUCGCGACGGGGGCAAGGCAAGCGCGGCCGCUGAGAUCCUCCUCUACUUCGCGGAGAAGAUUACAGACGCAGCUGCGCUGUCCUCCAUCCGGGUGACAAUGGCGAGGGAGCCGGCCCUCGUGUCGCGCCUAGUUGCUGCGUUGGACGGAGUGGGGCCCUUGGACGAGAACCUCCCCACGGUGACUCUGAACAGAGCGUCGGUGAACCGACGCUUGGUGUCCGUCCUGACUUGUCUGGCUGAGGCGCCCGAGAACAGAAAGGUAAUAGCCGCCGUUCCCGGGUGUCUCGAGAAACUGAUGCGGCUGGUAGAGGGGAUGCAGCGGAUGGGUACGUUUCUGCUGUCGCGAUUGAUGGAGGACCCGGAGGUGGUAAGGACGUUUGUGCAUCUUCCUGGUAUAAAGGACCGGUGGGCCAAAGUUCUCAACGAGAUCACGGCAAGCGAAGCACAGGUUGGGGCCAGCUCGUUUGGGACGCGCGACCCUUGAGCAGAAGUCCGCCAAGGAAGAAAAGGAAUGCGGUGGGGCUGGGGCGCUGGCUGGGGGGUCGAAGCGACAAGACGGACCUUGAACAGCUGUUGGACUGCAGAGGAGGCGCACUAAGGUGGAUGGGCGGUUGACCGAAAGCUGCCGGGGACACGAAUGGGGCCAUAG